AAAAAUAAAGAUAUUAUUAUACGUAGAUGAAUGAAGAAGAAAGAAUUAAAAUGAUUAUGGAAGAAGAUUACUCCAAAUCCAAACACUGUCUUCAUUGCAAUUCUUUACUUCGCUUUUAAACUACGUGCGUUUUCUUUUCUUGAUUACGUUUCGUAUCUUUCUCUUCAUUAUUUGAAUCACUUUCGUUUUUUCUUUUUCUUCUUCUCUUUUUAGGUAAGUUCUUAUGUUCAUGAUUCCAUACAAUUUUUCUUUGUUUUUGGAUUUAACUGUCAUAUUUUUCUAAAUUUAUAUAUUAUUAUGUUAAUUGUUUUUUAUGAGGUAUGUAAUUUGAAAAUGAAGGAAACUUUUUUAUUGGUGAUUUAUGAUUUGUUUGUUGAAUCUGGAAUGUGAAUUUUGUUUGUUUAUGAUUUUUUGUAUGAAGAUUGUAUGUUUCUGCUUUUGUUCUUGUUAAAAAUGCUUUCUUGGAAGCCAAACAGGGCUUUAUCUUUAUGUAAAUUCUGUUUUAUUAAAUCAGAUUUUUUUUUUGGUUUUUUUUUAUUUGUUUGAUUUUGGAGCUGUGUUGUUGAGUAUUAGAAAUCCAUCAUUUUCGUUAUUAAUUUACUGGUACAUAUCAUAGUCAUGUAUAUUUCAGUAUUUAUUGUAUGUGUACUAGUAGUAGUGUAGUACUAGUAGUUGAAUUGUAGGGUUCUGUUUUGGAUGUGAUUAUGUAUUAACUCUUCGGUUUCAAGGGAAGGGGCUCUGGUAAUCUGAAGUUCGGUUAAGAAUAAUUGCAUCAUGUGCUUAUGAGUGAAUUGUGAAGUUUGAGGAUUUGUUGUGUCAUGCCAAUCAAUAUACAACCAAGUAAUGAAUUUAUGAUACCUUCUGAGGAAAUGGUAUUUGGGUUUGAAUUCAAAAAGCUCGGCUCAAAACGGUAUAGCAGUUCAAAGAAAGCUGAAGAAAGUUCUACAUUGCCACAGUUGAAUCGAAGUCCGAACCCAAAGGGUGCGGAUAAGUUGAGGUCAAAGAGUACUGUUGGUCCACGAUGCAGUGAUCCGAAACAGAAAGAAAAGCAGGAUGCAGAAGGAAACAUUCGGACCCUCGAAUCUGCUAAGAGAAGUGGAAAUGAAGGGGAUGAGCUUGUCAAGCACAUGUCUAACUUGCCAGGUUAUCUCCUGCAUAAUGAUAGAUUGGAAAAUGUUCAAGAGAAAGCAUUCAAUGUUGGUGUUCUAGAUUGGUCUCGACUCGAGAAUUGGAAGCACAAGAAUAUACCAGAAGAACUAACCAGUCGUUUCACACCAUUCAAUAGAGGCGGAUCAUCAUCAAGAAUAGCGACCAAAUCAUCCACCAGUGCUGGUGGCAAGGAAAAACUUGAUGACAAGAGAGGUUCACGACGUACCAGACCAAAUAACAGGGAAUCACUUCCUCAAAGUAGCAAACUUCACUUGGAGAAUGUUGAACGAUUUGAAUCUUCUAGAAGUGGAACAAAGAGCAUAGGAAAUGAGCAGAGGAGGAAUGACCAUAUUAAAAGAACUUCAGAUGUUGGAAAUUCUGCAUCGAACUCGAGGCACCGCAGGGUCUCAUCUUCUGUUCCUAAUGAAAAUGCAAAUGGUAAGGACAGGGAUGACGAAUACAGCCACAAGAAAAAAGAGAGAAAUCAUAAGUCCAUCUCUGAUAUGGGACAACCAUCAGUAAAACCAAAAAGUAAAGGGGCCUCAUUAAGUUCUAAGAAAAUGAGUUCCGCUGACAGCGAAUCCAGGGAAGAAGUGAAUCAGUUGCAGGAGUCAGGUUUUGACGAUAGCAGUAAACAUGACUUUAGCAAGCCAGGUAAUAUUGUGCUGCUUUAUCCCCAUGAAAUUCCCGGCUCAAGUUCUUCAGAUGAUUUUCGGCUUUCUGAAUUCAGAACAUCAUCGGAUGAAAAUUGCCCAGAAUCAAGCCGUAGCAGUUUGUCAUAUGUUUCCAUUCUUGAGGAUGUUGACAUUAGCAAUGUAGGUCCUGAAAUCCAACUUUCAAGUGGCCACUGUUCUGUGGUUGAGCAUGCUUCUUUUUCUGGCCCAAUGCAAUAUGGGAUUGGUACUGACCUCGGUACAAACCGUUCUUCUGCAGUUUCUGAGACUUCUGCUUCGAAAAUAAAUAAGAUGUCUGGUCUGCAAUCCGAAGCUGCUUGCUUUGAAAAGGAUGUGUUAGACAAUAAGCCGAGCAAUCAGUCUGCUUUCAGUAAUCUGGUAGAAUCAUUGGACCAAGAAACUGCUGAGCUGAUUUCUCAUAAGGGAUCAAAUCCAUCCCACAACCGUCGGUUUAGCUUCAGCUUGAGUCGAAUUGGAAGAAGUUUCAGUUUCAAAGAAGGCCCCGCAGUUUCACAAUUUAGUUCGAAGUAUGGUUGUUCACAGUCUGGCCCAGUGACUCCUGAGUCUUCUAUUCGUUGGGAUAAUUCAAGCAAAGAGAAGACAAAUGGUCAAAACAGAACAAGAUCAAGCCCUCUUAAGAGGUUAUUAGACCCUAUAUUGAAACAUAAGACGGUGGCAUCAGACACACACCAUUCAGGUGACAGGAGUCGGAUGCAAAAGAGAAGCAUGAGUUCAACCAGUUUCAGUGUCAAUGAAUCACUGCAGGAUGAAAAGAGAAAGGUAUCAUCAAUCCAAGGUCUAUUGCAGCUAACAAUAAAAAAUGAAAUGCCAUUGUUUAAGUUUGUGCUAAACGACGAAAAAAAGAUUUAUGCUGCUACCAAGAAUAGUUUAGCAUCACCGGAGAAGAAUGAUUUGGGCUGCUGUUUUACAUUCUACAGUGUUAAUGAAAUUAAGAAAAAGAGUGGUGGAUGGAUGAGUCAUGGAAAUAAAGAAAAAAAUUGUGGUUAUGCAUACAAUGUUGUCGCGCAGAUGAAAUCUUCUAGCUCCAAAAUUACUGAAGUCAUCAAUCAGAACUCGAUGAGACAGCAUAUGGUUAAAGAAUAUGUCCUAUUAGGUGUUGAAAUCAACCAGACAGAUCAAGGACCACCAAAGUUAAUUCCAAGCAUGGAGCUUGCAGCUGUUGUUGUCGAGACCUCGUGUGAAAAUUUGAGCAACAAACGACUGCAUAAUAAUGAUUUUCUGAAGAAAGGGGAAAAUGAUAGCUCUACAGUUAUACUUCCAGGUGGUGUACAUGGUUCACCAAACAAAGGUGAACCUUCAUCCUUACUCCAUAGAUGGAAAACUGGGGGAUCAUGUGAUUGUGGAGGUUGGGACAUUGGUUGCAAACUGCUUGUGCUUCGCGAGCAGAAGCAAAGUUCAAACAUCCUGAGAAGUUACAAACCUUACCAGGAUCAUUUCCAGCUUUUUGUUCAGGAAGGAGCUGAGAAAGACACACCCCUUUUUACUUUGUUGCCAUUGAAGAAUGGAUUCUACUCAGUUGAAUUCAGUUCAACAAUCGGUCAUUUACAGGCAUUCUUCAUUUCUGUUGCUUUGUUAAGCUGCCAGAAACAAUCAGGCUCCUUGGAAAUUGGUAGCAUGCGUGAAGAGAUCCUUAAGGAACCAAGUUCCAAUAAUAGCAGCAGCAGACAUCUGGGGAAAGCACCCAUAAAAUAUACUCCAAUUCCACCUCUUUCCCCUGUUGGCAGAGUUUAAACCAUUGUUGUUAAAUAACGGCUACAGCAUAGCGGAAAUUGAACAAAUUCCUAUUGUUCCAUGAUACGCUAUUUAAUAGAAAAUGUUUUUAAAUAGUGUCUAUAGCAAUGCUAUAUCACUGUUGCAUAGCACAGUUUGAACAAACCGUUAUUUUCCGCCGCGGUCCGACAACAAUGGUUUAAAAUUUAGAAGAUAUUUUUUUCAGUAGUUAUUAGAUGUUGAGAUCUUCAAAUAGUUGAGGAAUAGCUAGCUAGUUAAUGGCAUUGCAAAAACAUUGUAAAUGUUGUUCUUGCAGUUUCAUUUUUACACUUUUAGCACUUUCCUUUA